CUGAGCAAGAUGCUGCGCAGAUGAUCAAAUUGAUUUACUUUUACUCAUCUAAAGAAACAGGCUUUAACAUAUCCUUAUGAUAUUAUCAUCGUGCAAUCUAUUGAGUUUGAGAGCCCAUCAUUAUGUUUCAAACAGCUAUUAUUUGGUUCAAAAGAUGAACUACUUUUCAAUUAUUUUGUUAUUGAUAGAUAGCUAGCAAAGUAGGUCUUCUGUUCUGUAACAUUACUGUAGAAAAUGCCAUAUUGUAGCCGCAGCUACCACUUUAAAUGAUCGCGGUGUUUGUUACCAAAUAUGUCUCAGUUAGCUAGCUACCUGCUAGUCCUAACGUGUAAAAACUUCAAAAUAGCUCCUUAGGUCUGCGCUUGAAGUCGUCUCAUUACAACUAAAACAGCCAUGCAAUAAAUCUCUUAUCACACAGAAUUGCACAGCAGUGACAGAGGGUAUUUCAAUGGAGCAUCCACCUCCUCCUCCACCACCAGGACCACCCCCACUGACAGCUGCCUCGGGGCCAAGCAAGAAGAAGCUGUACCAGGCCAUAGCGGCAGGAAAGACCCCUGUCGAGGGGGAUCAUGCAGAGGCCCGGUUGCUGCUCAGUCAGAGGGAGAGCAGUUUCAGGAAGGACCUGCAGUGGAUGCUGUUUAACAAGUAUGUGCCUUCCCUCAUCCAAGACGGCCCACAAUGUGGUCUGGUGGCUCUAUGGAUGGCUGGUCACCUACUACAGCCCCCUCUGAGUGUUUCCGUGGAGACCGUAGUCCAGACAGCGAUGGACAGGGGCUACACAGCACAAGGGGAGAUGUUCUCCGCUAGUGACAUGGCCAUGCUUGCAGAGGAGGUGUGUGGGUGCAGGGCUGAGCUCCUAUCCGGAGGGAUGAGUGGAGACAACUCUACAGCCGUCCUGAAACACCUGGCUGACGGACAACCCGUCCUCAUCCCAUAUGACGAGGAUUUCAACCAUGAGCCAUGCCAACGCACCGGACACAGGGCACACUGGGCAGUGGCCUCAGGUGUCUUGUUGGGUCUGGACCAGGACAGCGUGAGCAGAGAGCACACCCAACCUGACCCCACCCUGCCCUGGCUACUCCUGCCCCAGGACAGCCCCUCAUGCCCAUGUCCCACUGUGGGGGCAAGAGAAGCAUACAUCCUGGCCAAGCAGGGCAAGAGCCUGCGCUAUCAGCUGUGGAGCCUGGACAAGGUGGCCCAAAGCAAUGCCCAGCUGAGGGAGAUAGAUCCCCAGAGGGCUGGGGACAGUACCCAGUACGUGGUACCCAAGGGAGGGGUGGAAGUUGGGCUGGCAGGCCAGGUCGUGUUGGUCCACACUGGGGGACAGACUAAGUGAUCAUGGGCCUUCUCUCCUGGAGCACUGCUAUGAUACAAAUUGAGACUCAUUGGCCUGGACACAGGAAAGCAUGACAGUCUAUAAUACUGUAAGUAGAGGACAUGAUGAAAGGGUCUAAGGAUGCUUUCCUGCGUUGGCAUUAAUUUCUUCUAUAGGACACAGUUAAUGUCUACUACUUAUCAGAAUGAAAAGUUUGAAUGUAAAGUGGACUUUUGCUAAAUCUGUGGCUCCUCUAUGGAGCCUAUUUUCCAGUACCUGAACAGAUCCUGUGCCUUACUGAAAUGUUUCAUUCACUUCACAUGGUCGAACAGGCUGCAAUAUUGCAUACGAUGAGAACCCCGUACCUUCCCUGUAUUUAUACUGAUUAUCAAGCAACCCCAUAUGCACACAGAAUAAACAUAUGUACUGUU